GUGUCACUGAAAAGGGCAAAGCCUUCGGAAAUAGAAACAAAGUUGGUCACAAAUCACACUGGCUUUGCCCGAAGUUUUUCCCCCCACUCUGCUUUAGCAUGCUGUCAUGGGGAAAGUGACCGCUCCGGCCGGCGGGGGAGGUCGGGGUGGUUUUCUGGCCAGGGAGAGCCUGUAACUUAACUUCUACGUGACCAUGGUACCUGUUGAAAACACAGAGGGCCCCAAUCUGCUGGACCAGAAGGGGACAGCGGCGGUGGCGAAGGGCGCCUACCCAGCCAGCGGCGGCCGGCAUCCUCCCUGGGCGAGAGGCUGCGGCAUGUUCACCUUCCUGUCGUCUGUCACUGCCGCUGUCAGUGGCCUCCUGGUGGGUUAUGAACUUGGGCUCAUCUCUGGGGCUCUUCUUCAGAUCAAAACCCUAUUGGCCCUGACCUGCCACGAGCAGGAGAUGGUGGUGAGCUCCCUCCUCAUCGGGGCCUUCCUGGCGUCGCUCACCGGAGGGGUCCUGAUAGACAGGUAUGGACGGAGGACAACGAUCAUCUUGUCGUCCUGCCUGCUGGGACUCGGGAGCCUGGUGUUGAUACUCAGCCUGUCUUACACGCUUCUCAUCGUAGGGCGCAUGGCCAUAGGGGUUUCCAUCUCCCUCUCUUCCAUCGCCACCUGUGUUUACAUCGCAGAGAUUGCUCCUCAGCACAGGAGAGGCCUUCUGGUGUCCCUGAAUGAGCUCAUGAUCGUCACCGGCAUUCUUUGUGCCUAUAUUUCGAAUUAUGCCUUUGCCAACGUUUCCCAGGGCUGGAAGUAUAUGUUCGGUCUUGUUAUUCCCCUGGGAGUUUUGCAGGCAGUCGCGAUGCACUUUCUCCCCCCGAGCCCUCGGUUUCUGGUGAUGAAAGGACAAGAGGAAGCUGCCAGCAAGGUUCUUGGAAGGUUAAGAGCCAUCUCGGACACCACCGAGGAACUCACUUUGAUAAAGUCCUCCCUGAAAGAUGAGUAUCAGUAUAGCUUUUGGGAUCUGUUUCGUUCGAAGGACAACAUGAGGACCCGAAUAAUGAUAGGCCUGACAUUGGUAUUUUUUGUCCAAACCACCGGCCAGCCAAACAUAUUAUUCUAUGCAUCGACUGUCUUGAAGUCUGUUGGCUUUCAGAGCAAUGAGGCGGCCAGCCUUGCCUCCACUGGGGUUGGAGUGGUCAAGGUCAUCAGCACUGUCCCAGCCACUCUUUUCGUCGACCAUGUCGGCAGCAAAACCUUCCUCUGCGUGGGCUCCUCCGUGAUGGCGGCUUCGUUGGUGACCAUGGGUAUCGUGAAUCUCAACAUCCACAUGAACUUCACCCAUAUCUGCAGCAGCCAUAGUCCUGUCAACCGGUCCUUGGAUGAGUCUGCGUUUUAUGGACCAGGAAACCUGUCGGCCAGCAACAGCACUCUGAGAGAGCACUUUAAAGGCAUCGCUUCCCAGAGCAGAAGCUCACUCAUGCCCACGAGAACUGGCGUGGAUAGGGGAGGGGAGACGACCUCAGCAUCCUUACUCAACGCUGGACUCAGCCACACUGAAUACCAGAUAGUCACGGACUCUACGGAUGUCCCAGCUUUUCUGAAGUGGCUGUCCUUAGCCAGCUUGCUUGUUUAUGUUGCUGCUUUUUCAAUUGGUCUAGGACCAAUGCCCUGGCUGGUGCUCAGCGAGAUCUUCCCCGGUGGCAUUAGAGGACGAGCCAUGGCUUUAACUUCUAGCAUGAACUGGGGCAUCAAUCUCCUCAUCUCUCUGACGUUUUUGACUGUAACCGAUAUUAUUGGCCUGCCCUGGGUGUGCUUCAUAUACACAAUCAUGAGUCUAGCAUCCCUGGUUUUUGUUAUUGUGUUUAUACCUGAGACAAAGGGAUGUUCUUUGGAGCAAAUAUCAAUGGAGCUAGCAAAAACGAACUAUGUGAAGAACAACAUUUGUUUUAUGAGUCAUCACCAAGAAGAAUUAGUGCCCACACAGCUUCAAAAAGGAAAAGCCCAAGAGCAGCUCCUGGAGUGCAACAAGCUGUGUGCUGGGGAACAACCCAGGCAGCUCUCUCCAGAGACCUAACAGCCUCAGCACCUUAUGGGCAUGGAUACAGUGUCACAACACUUAGUAGGGUGUCUUUGGACCAAUGCAUAGUUGCUACUCCUGUGUUUUCUCAUUGGUGUCAUGGAGUUAGUUUUUAAAGGACACCCUGAAAUUAUAUAAACAAAAACUCUUUAACCUUUUCUUCCCCAAAAGGAAUCUCAAAAGGUAGAUGAGCUAUGCAAGGUCUUAAGUGAUCUCUUUUGGAUUCUGAGCAAGUUAUUGGGUUAAAAAAAAAAAGAUACUGGCUGGUUCAAUACUUUCUACCUUUUUUCUUUUCACAGAGCAGCCUUUGAAAAGACUUAAGUCCUAGUGGUGAGAUCAACCUUUGCCUUGAGCUAGUAUGUAUGGGGGCCAGUUGCUGCUUUAUUAUUCAGACAUAAGUUGUCUGGACACAGGCUUAUAGUUUGUGCCUACUAAGACACUACUUGGACUGGGUCUUGUGUAAAAAAGAACCAGGACACACAGUGUGGACAAUUUAAUUGCACAGAUUUUCUACCUAGAUUAGAAGCAGAUACUGUCUAGGAUUUCAGUGAUCAUUCCUAGUUAUAGAUCAACAAACAAAGAUUAUACAGCUUAUUUUAUGAAUUAUGAUCUAGAAUUUAAUGCAAAAUAUCCUUUUAUGAGUUUCAUAUUAAUAUUAUAAAAUAUUUUUAAAAACCGACUUUGCAAUAGUUGAGAAAAAUAAGCAUUUUUCCAGUUUUUAAAUGAAUAUCAAAGACAAUUUAAAAAUCCUGGGACCAUAUUUAUUUAGAAAUAGUUGUUAGUAAAACAUUAGAAAAGAAGUCAGUCAGGCCAUUAGGUUAUUUAUCCAAAUCUCUAAGCAAUCAGGUUUAAGUUGUUAAGUCAAGCCUAUCAAAGUCCUCUCCUUGUAAGGUUUUCAUGACAACUUAUAGUAAUUCAUAAUUUCCUGCAAUUUUUCACACUCCUCAGGAAUAUCACUACCUCAGGUUAUGGCACACAGGCUAUAAUCGAUGCUGACUUUCAGAUGACUGCAGACAUAAUAAAUGACAUUCACACAU